AUGGCUGUCUCAGACGGAGCGCCUGUCGUGUCACACAAGAGACGGAACCGCAGGCGGCGCCAGGACAAGCCGGCCAUCACCGCUCGACUCGUGCUCGACGACCGCACCAAGGGAGACGUUGGCAUCGUGUCUGACGAUCUCUUCGCCGACCUCUUCCCGCACCAUGCAAGCGAUGCCAACGAUGAGCUCGCCGACGAAAUCCACCACAUCGCAGUCGCGCCAUGGGCCCCCAAUGCUAACCCCGUUGAGAUUGCCUGGUCCGUUGUUCCCGUUUUGCGAUCGAGCGACCUGUCCCAUUCGACCAUUCAGUUCUCGCCCUCGUCUUCGGCCCUCCAGAGCUUUGCUGUCACUCUGCAGCAGGUAGCUCCAUCCAAGCUAUCCAGCCAUAGCCGCAGCGGCAUCGAAAUCCUUGUCCUCGACGUUGCCCCUGUACCGCUGGAGACGGUAUUCGUCAACCUCGAAAGCGACCUAACAAAACGGCUGGAGAAUGGUGAGGGCACGUUUUACAAGGACCACCCGACAAACCCUAAGGGCGUCGCCAACUUGACGGCUGAGGAGCGCGUGGCCAUGGCGCUCAGAGCGGCUCUUGGCAGCCUCAAGGUCGUUCACUCCGGCGAUUUGUUUCCGCUGCCUCUUCCGCCGCACCCUGUCACCCACCUGCCACCAAACCCAGGCAAGAUCAUGCUCUGUGAGCCCGUUGCUCAGGGCAUCCUGACGGAAUCUACAAAGAUUAUCCUGAUGAGGGGGCGAGGGAUCAACCGACGACAGGCCCGUCCUGCCGCAUCAAUGACCGAUGGUCAGCGGCUCAACGGUAACGAUGACGAUGAGGAUGGCACAAACGACCAGUUCUUUUCGGCCGCCGAAGAGCGCGAUCGGGCCGGCGCCGUUACCGACGAUGCGGUGGCGGCUACCGAAACGGAAACGGAUUUCUCAGGGUCAGAACAAGAGGAGGAACUUUCAGAUGAUUCCAUGGACGAGGUGAUAUCUUUGGAGGUCCCUACACUGCCGACGACGAACUCGAUGAAUUCCAUGGGCCCUGGAACGCCAAUGACUGCUGGUACGCUCCGUGGCAGAAAAACCAAUGGCUUUGCUACUCCCGGCUCCGUCUUUUCCAACUUUACAUCCACUACUGCGCGGCCCGAUCGAGCUCGCGGGAGGCUCUUCAAAGUGCACGGUCUGAGAAGGCAGAUACCCUCCGACCUGCUACAUCCCAAGCCGUCUCCGGAGGACGAUGAAGAGGCGCGAAUCUAUGUUGAUGUGGCGUCGCUCUCCAAGAUUGGGUGUUUCUCCGGAGACUGGGUCCGGAUUGAGGCUGCCGAAGAGCCUCCCCUGAAUGGAUUUGGCGCGUUUGGGCUGGGCAGCUUCAAUCACCCAGACUUUGAAGUGUCCAAUUGGCGACCUGUUCGCGUAUAUGGCUUGCCGGAGGGCUACUCCCAGCGCCCCGUCACUCGGAUACCGAGUUCUAGGCUGGGCGAUCGAAGGCAAUCAUUCUUCGAGUCGCAAGUCCAGCGGCCAUCUAGCCCAGCAGCUUAUGCUUCACCCAUCUUGAUUGCAAACAUUGAUGGAGCCACGCACUUGCGCAUCUCUGUGCUCAAGAAGUCCUCAUACCAAGGUAAAGGGACGCUGCCCAGAUUCGCGAGCGCCUCGCAGCCUCCGUACGCAAAAGAUAUCGCCAUUCACCAUAUUAGAACUCCCAUCUCUGCCGAAAGAGCAUAUCAAACCGCUGUGUUGGGUGGACUAAAACGCUAUUUUGCGCAUAAAUUGCGCCUCGUCCGGCAGGGUGACUUGAUCGCCGUGCCAGUGGAUGCGCAGCUGGGCCGGGCACUCCAAGAAGCUCCCGGUGCAGGCGGUUCCGAGGUCGACGACGUAGUAGCACUGACAGCACGGUCUACUGAGUCUGGCGGGGAGACUCUAUCACACCUCGACAGCGUUGCUUGGUUCAAAGUUGGACAUAUCCAGGUGCAAAAGUCAGACGAGGAUGAGGACGGAACUGCAGAAUCCCUGUGGGGGACUGUUGCAUGCAUCGACAGCACCACUGUUGCCAUGCAUGGUUCUGGAUUUGAGACGAGCCGAAUACCGGGUAUCAAGGACAGCACUUGGCCUUACUAUCUCGGCCUGAAGAAGACGCCGCAACGAGCAGCAGACGGUGGCCCGCCACAGUUGGCAGAUCGUGACCAGCAGCAUGUUCCCCCUCUAAGGCGCCAGCUACGAGAACUCCUAGCUGCAGCAACGAGCUUGAGGGCCGUGCAUCUGAAAAUGCCUCCUGUCGCUAUCCUACUGACAUCAUCGCAUCGAAACAUCGGAAAGGCGACUAUGGCAAAGGAUGCUUGUAGCGAUAUGGGCCUGCACACAUUCACCAUUGAUGCCUAUGAUAUUAUCAGUGAGGGUGGAGGCAGUGGCAGCGACGUCAAGACAGAAGGCUUCCUGAGGACACGCGCUGAGCGAGCCAUUAGCUGUGGCCCAGAAUGCUGCGCUCUCCUCAUUCAGCAUAUCGAAGCGCUGACAGCCGAUCGGAUAGAGUCUUCGAUCAAGGAGAUCCUCGAAGAUGUUCGUGUCCUUAUUGCCACGACAAACGAGGUUGACAAAGUCCCUGACGGAGUCCGCGCGCUCUUCACUCAUGAGCUCGAAAUGGGCGCUCCUGACGAGGCUGAGCGAGAGGCUAUCCUGAGGGCAGUCAUCGAAGACCGCGGCGUGUCUCUGGAGCCGGCCAUUGAUCUCAAUGCCAUUGCUCUCAAGACGGCUGCGCUGGUAGCCGGUGAUUUACUUGAUGUCGUAGAACGAGCCUCGAUAGCCCAACGAUCUCGCCUCGAGUCGCUAUCUACCAAGUCUAGCAACGGCCACCUGCCAAUGACGGUGCCGGCCGACUUUGAUGUUGCCGUUGAAGCCGCCCGCAAGAACUUUUCCGAUUCUAUUGGUGCUCCCAAGAUCCCCAAUGUCACAUGGGACGACGUCGGUGGUCUUAGCAACGUUAAGGAGGCUAUCACGGAGACGAUUCAGCUACCGCUGGAGCGUCCCGAAUUGUUCGCCAAGGGCAUGAAGAAGCGCUCUGGUAUCCUCUUCUACGGUCCUCCAGGUACUGGAAAGACGCUCCUCGCAAAGGCCAUCGCUACCGAAUACAGCCUCAACUUCUUCAGUGUCAAGGGUCCCGAGUUGCUCAACAUGUACAUUGGUGAAUCAGAAGCCAACGUGCGCCGCGUCUUCCAGAGAGCCCGUGAUGCUCGCCCCUGCGUCGUCUUCUUUGACGAACUGGAUUCCGUUGCACCCAAGAGAGGUAACCAGGGAGAUUCUGGCGGUGUCAUGGACCGUAUCGUGUCGCAGCUGUUGGCUGAGCUGGACGGCAUGUCGGGCGGCGAGGAUGCGGGAGGCGUCUUUGUCAUUGGAGCUACCAACAGACCCGACUUGUUGGACCCUGCACUGCUGCGUCCUGGUCGAUUUGACAAGAUGCUCUAUCUUGGUGUUUCUGACACUCAUGAGAAACAGCAAACCAUUCUGGAGGCUCUCACUCGAAAAUUCACCCUCCACCCCUCUGUCUCUCUCGCAUCAGUCUCUCAGCGCCUUCCAUUCACCUACACAGGUGCCGAUUUCUAUGCGCUGUGCAGUGACGCCAUGCUCAAGGCCGUCACCCGCCAGGCUGCCGCAGUGGAUGCCAAAGUUCGUGCCCUCAACGCUGACCCGGCCAACAAGCACGAGGUCUCGACAGCAUAUUUCUUCGACCACUACGCCACGCCCGCGGAUAUUGCCGUCAUGGUGCAAGAGGAGGACUUUAUCGCUGCGCACGAGGAGUUGAUUCCCAGUGUCAGUGCAGGGGAACUGGCGCACUAUGAAAGAGUAAGGGCGCAGUUUGAAGGAGGAAGCGACAAAAAGCAGCAAUCACAAGAUCACGCGAAAAGACCCGGCUCUUCCGGAGGAUCGAGGGGCGGAAGAUCAUCCUCAAGCAAGGGCAAAGGCAAAGGCAAGGCCAUUGCCGUUAGCAGCGAUGAGGAAGAACAAGUUAAUGGCAAAGGAAAAGGCAAAGCGGUGAUGGGAUUCCAAGAUGGAACGGCGAGCGACGAUGAGGACUUGUACUAG